AUCACAACAACGAACGCACUUUCAAAAAUUCAAAACCAAAGAAGAAGAAGAAGAAGACUCGCGCCAUUUAAGAUCAAUUUCCCUCUCUUAAUUUCUAUCCAGCAUGGCGGCGCGGCAGACAAGGCAGCCCUUCAGUAGCCAGGCCAUCCUGUACCUGCUCCUGCACCACACGGAGGAGGGCAGGCGAGGCGACGUGGAGAUGAUAUACAAGGCCCUCGAGAACACAGUAAUCAUGGGCGGGGGCGUGGGUGGGAGCGUGAGGCUGCCGGGAGUGGGCGUGGGUCAGCUGGGACGCCCCUACACACGCCUUCAACGUUUAACUGGCGUGAGAGCCAAUCUGCCGUCUCUCCUCUCCUCUCUCCCUCGCGUGCUGGAGGACCUGGCUGUGUGUGAGAGCACCCCAGAGAUAAGCCAGGAGGUGGGGGAGGCUCUUGACGCAAUAGUGAAUGAGGCUGCUUCCUUCGCCCCGGCCUCCCAGCACCCCAUCCAGGUAGUGUUGGUGACCUGGGGCCGCGUGGAGGUUCUGACGGAGGCGCUGUCGAUGGUGCUGACGCUGGAGCACGCCCGCCAUAUUAGCGCCGUGCACGUGGCAGCAGUAGAGAGCCUGGAGGGGGAGACGGGGAGGGGGAGCUACCGGCAGGGGAUGCUGUUGGGGGCGUAUGGGUGACAGGAGCCUCUUACCCCCCUGAUCCCUACUCCUUCACUGCUCUCUUCAAGUCAUGGCUGCUGGAGAUGAAGGGGAAAGAGCCUCAUCUCCACCUCAUCUUCCCUUCCUCCUCCUCCUCCUCCUCCUCCUCCUCCUCCUCCGCGGACUCCUCCACCACAGAAAGAGCGGUGCUUCUAGAUGUGCAGGAGGUGAUGAUAGACCCCUCCAGUCUGCCCAGCUCUGUAUUCUCUAGACUCAUCAUUCAUACCAACCCCUGCAGGACUGUUUGCACUACUCAAGGUAACAGCGUGCCCGUGUACCACCUGGAAGUAAUCAAAAGGGUGCAAAUUAAUACCGUGGCACCUGCUGUGUACGGUGCCGCCCUCUAUCUGCUGCCGUCCACUGCCACCUCCCUCAACUUCACCGCCAUUUGGGAGAAUAGACAGCUGGUGAGGUCGCUGUGUCAGAGCCUGGAGGAGGAGGAGGUGGGGCUGCUGGCGAGGGUGGCCGCUCCCCCCGGAACCCUCACCCCUUACGUAGUGGUCCUCCCCGCCCCCCACUGCUCAGCCCUGUCCCUGGUCCACGUGGCGCCAAGUGACCUCAUGCUGCCAGAGAGACACUGCCCAGACCCCCACCAGCCCCUGCCAGAUAAGCUUGCCCAAGAGGUGUCAGACUGGCUAUCCUCCCUCCCCCUGACUGACCUGCGCCACGAAGACCUGACCUGCCCUCUCAGCCACGCCCUCGCCGCCCAUUUCCACGCCCACACCCGCCCCGCCGCCAGGGGAAGCAGCGCACAACAACAACAACAACAACAACAACAACAACAACAACACACCACCACAAUCAUCAACAACAACAACAACAAUUACAUUUACUCUCUUCCCCGCCCCGACCCCCCUCGUCACCCCCGCCCACCAGCCCCCCUCCAGACCUCGCGGGGGGAGGGUGCGCCGCGCCAUCAGAUUUCCCCCUCCCCCCGAGCCACGAGAGGCGUGUUCUAGGUAAUCCUCUUUGGCGGGGGGCUGCGGGGGGCUGUGGGGGGCUGUGGGGUGUGGGGGGAAGGGAGAUUUAAAGGGAAGGAAGGUUAGGGAAAUAAUGGGGUUUGUUUUGAUAGUGAAUGGGGAAAUAAAUGAUGUUUUCUUAGAGAGAGAGAGAGAGAGAGAGAGAGAGAGAGAGAGAGAGAGAGAGAGAGAGAGAGAGAGAGAGAGAGAGAGGGGGGAUUAAGGAAAAAAACGAUAUAAUUUUUAGAAGGGAAAAUAAGAAAAAAGAAGAUAAUGGAAUCUUUAAGAAGGAGAAAAAGAGAGACAGGAAGAAGGAAGGGAAAAGAAGGGAAAGGAGAAACUGAAAGGAGUAAACAGGAAAAUAAAGGAAGAAGGAAAGAAAAAAAGACUAAGAAGAAACUAAAAGGAGAAAACAGGAAAAUAAAGGAAGAAGGAAAGGAAAAAGAAGACAAAGAAGAAAGUGAAAGGAUGAAAAGGAAAUUUUUUUAUUCAAUUUUAUUUAUUUAUUUAUUUAUUUAUUUGCAUAUUCAUUUAUUUAACUUGAUGGAGGAAAAGGGAAGGAAAAUGGACACCAAAUUUUUGUUUAAUUGAUUUUUCAGAGUUGGAGAUUGACUUUAAUUCACUCUUUUUUUUUUGUCUUAUUUAUUUAUUUAUUUAUUUUACCUUUUAAUUUGAUUACUUGUUUAUUUACUUAUUUACUUUUUUUCGCCUUUCAGUAAGUCUGAAAUUGUUUGACCUCUCUUGAGCUACGAGUGUAUGGAGGGAAAGCUCCUUUUUUUUUGUUGUUUUUUUGUUUUUAGCCUUUUCAUAUAUUUAUUUUACUUUAUUCUGUUUACUACUUUACUCUCGGGGGACUUCUUAAAAUAUAUUUCUGGAUAUGACUUUUA